AUGGCUUACGUCGACCCUGAAGCGUACCAAAGAGCCGUCUUGGCUCUCUACAUUAUCGCAUUCCUCGGCUCUUUCAUACUAUGUAUUCUGACCUUUGCCAAGCUCCGGGGAACGGAUGUCUAUCUCGGCAAGGCCGUUUCAUGGCUGAAAGCCACAUCUGUUGUGUUCACUUUAGCCAUGGUCCCGAUCCUGUUGUCGGCGGCAGGCAGUGGUAUUCACCAUGUCAUGAGCAGUGAACCGGCUGGUCGAGAACGGCUUGUCCGCUCGUUGGCACUGGUUCUGGGCGGAUUCAGCGCCGUCAUGGCCAUUCCCAUCUUCGCGGUCUUUGUCUAUGCUCACGCGGAGAGCAUGAGCAACAACCCCUAUGGUAUCGUAAUCGAGGCAGCAGAUCACAUGGUGCGCCUUCAUACCGCCCUCAACUUUAUGAUAUUUGUAGCCUCGGUGAUCGUGGCAGUCUGGUCGUUCACCAUCAAGUCUUCGCAAUGGAUUCGCUCGCUUUGUUGA